UAUCAUAAACAAUAUGUAGACUAUUAUCAAACUGAAGGAGUAAAACACGUAUUAUUUUGUUAAAAUAUUGAAACAAAAUAAGACUUAAGAGAAGUACUGAGGUCGCAAUUUAUGCACCCAUGAGUCGAAUCUCACUUUAGUUUAGAAUUUAGUGCCAGCCAAUGUUCAUCAGUGAGGCGGACGCGUAUGACUCUUCGUAUUCUAUGUGUGGGUAUGAAUUUUAGACCUACAACCCCAGCUAUUUAAAGUGUAUGGUGUAAACUUUUUUUACGACACUCCCCUUCGACGAAUUAUUAACAUUUAUGUUAUACCGAUACAGUGAUAGUGAGCGUCUUUACGGUGUAUCAUAAGUAAAUAAUAAAUAAAAUAUUUAAACAAUCACUGAAAUUUAUUGGAAAAAGUGAUGCAAACAGGGGUUAACUUGCCAAAUUUUCUGAAUAUGUGUAUUCCUACUUCAGUAGAAAUGAUAUACUCCCAUAUAUUGAGAAAAGGAGUGCAUAACAACACAAGGUGUAUUCAAUUGUGCCACUAUUACUCCAGUGAUAUACAUCCUCAAAUAUUUUCAGAUGAAAGGAAAACCGCAUUUUUAAACAGAUUAUCCAAAUCUCCAGUAAUACGAGGGGUUAAACCUUCAGCAUUUAAAAAUGCAGCCAUUCUUGUGCCUUUAUGCACCUUCAACGGCAUUCCAUCAGUCCUAUUCACUUUGCGGUCACCAAAUAUUCGUCGUCACCGAGGGCAGGUUAGUUUUCCUGGUGGAAUGACAGAUAAAACGGAUAAAGACUUUAUUCACACAGCAAUCAGAGAAACUGAAGAAGAAAUAGGAAUCACAGCUAGUAAAAUAACAGUUUGGGGAGAAAUGAAACCAUUGCCAACAAGAGAAGGUGAUGCCCUCGUUGUACCAGUAGUUGCUCACAUUGGUGAGGUAAAUCCAAGUGAGUUGAAGAUAAACCCACGAGAGGUGGAACUGAUUUUCACAAGAACUAUACAAUCUCUUUGUGAUCCAAAAAACUGGGGAAUCACUCAGAUGCGUCUUAAGUAUGGUUACACUUUACCAGUGUUUUUAGGAGGAGAGCAUCGAAUAUGGGGUUUGACUGCUGUUUGCCUGCAUAUAUUACUGUUAUCUUUAGUUCCAGAAGUAUAUAAUUUUAAUGUUCACCAUCAAGGAAUGCUUAAAGUGUGAUCUGUCUAAUGUACAAAGUAAAGAGGAGAAUAAGCUUUAGGAGUGUUCUUAGUCAUGAUUUUGUACAUGUGUGUGUAUUUAUCACAGUUUAUAUACAUUUUAAUUUGUAAUUGAUUUUUGUAAACAGACAAGCUUUCAAUAUUCUUGGUAGCGAAACAUUAAUUUCAAUUUGUUAAUAUAAAUACGCUCAGUUCUGUUCUGUAGUAUUAGUAAAAAUUGUAUAAGAAAUAAAUAAAAUUGUUUAUUUUAAGUUUGCUUUGGCAGAUAUUAGGACAGGCUACAUUUAACUUUGUUUUUUUGGCAUGGAAGAAAGUGAAAAACCUGAAUGCAAAUAAUUAAAUAUAUAGAUGUAAAAUUAAGAAGAUUACAUGGACUCUACCUACUGUAAUGUACAUUAGUGUUUGCUUACCUGGAAAAGUACCAUUUCAAAUAACUUGUAGACGUAUGCUAAAUAUUUCCCCAAAGUUCAAGUAAAAAAAUGCAUAUUUUCACAGCAGUUUUCACAAUAAGGUAUGUUGUGUUUAUUCUCUAGCAUGUUGAAAGUAACUACUAGACUUACUGAUGUAGUAUAGUAAAGCAGAACACAAUUGAUUGAAGUAAAAAUGGCAGCUUGAAUGUGAAACAUUUAUUUUUUAUUGUCAAGUGUUUUACUUAAUGCUAACCAUAGGCUUAUUAAAGAGACUUUGUGAAGAAUAAAGGCUGUUCACAGGAGAAUAACAAAACAUACUAUAUGUACAUACAUGAUAAAAUUUUAGCCAUUACGUCUGAAAUGUUUCUGGGAUAAAAUGGUCAUUUUCAGUUAUUUAAUUUGUGUAAUUUCUAGGCUAAAUUGUAGCUAUAGUUUGACUUACGCGUAAUACUAGUGGUAUUACAUCACAUAUUCCCACUAUCUUUAAAGAGCCCAGAAAAUUAUCAUUAAGUUUCACUGAGGAUAAUUUUACCAAUAAAAUGGUCAUUUUCA